AUGCGCGUGUUCCGCUUCGCCAUCGAUCGCGGCGGUACGUUCACCGAUGUCUACGCAGAGAUGGACGUGCUCGACGCACAGGGGACGGUCAUCGACGUGCGUCCGACGGUCAUCAAGCUGCUGUCGGAAGAUCCGGCGAAUUAUCCGGAUGCUCCUCGAGAGGGCAUCCGCCGCGUCCUGGAAGCCACGACGGGCGUGCAGCACCCGCGGAACGAGCCCGUGGACACGUCUCGGAUCCAGAGCAUUCGGAUGGGCACAACGGUGGCGACGAACGCGCUGCUCGAGCGCAAUGGCGAGCGCACAGUGCUCGUGACGACCAAAGGGUUCCACGAUCUGCUGUACAUUGGCAACCAGUCCCGUCCGCGGAUCUUUGACUUGGAGAUCCGCAUGCCAGACACACUUUAUGACUCGGUGAUCGAGGUGGACGAGCGUCUGCAGCUUGUGAACAAUGAAAAGGAGCGGCUGCCGACCGAUGAACAGGGCAUUAGCGGCGAAUACAUUCGUGUGAUUCAGGAAUUGGAUGUCGAAGACCUGACCGCGAAGCUCCAGGCGGCUCGUGAUGACGGGGUGGAGAGUGUAGCGAUUGUGCUGCUGCACUCGUACACGUUCCCACGCCAUGAACAAAAGGUCCGCGAGAUUGCGUUAAAACUAGGGUUCUCGCAAGUUUCGCUGUCGUCCGAGGUCAUGCCCAUGAUCAAAGCUGUCCCGCGUGGAUUCACGACUUGCGCGGACGCUUACCUCACGCCCGUGAUCAAGAAGUAUGUCGCGUCGUUUUGUGCUGGCUUUGGCGAAGGGUUGGACCACGUGAACAUUAGCUUUAUGCAGAGUGAUGGCGGACUCGCGCGGAUGAAGCAUUUUCAUGGACACCGAGCGAUUCUGUCGGGUCCAGCCGGUGGUGUAGUGGGAUACGCUCGCACGACACGGCCACCCGAGUCGGGUGCUUUGUCCGUGCAGCCUGCAGUUAUCGGGUUUGACAUGGGCGGCACCUCAACAGACGUGUCUCGCUUUGACGGAAAAUUUGAGCAUGUCCUCGAGAGCGUGACAGCCAAUAUUACCGUGCGUGCACCGCAACUAGACAUCCAGACAGUGGCUGCUGGAGGUGGUUCGCGCUUGUUUUACAAGAACGGACUCUUUCUGGUAGGCCCUGAGUCUGUGCGAGCGCACCCGGGACCAGUGUGCUACCGAAAAAACGGUUACCUCAGUGUUACUGACGCGAAUCUCGUCACGGGGCGUAUUCUGCCGGAGUACUUCCCCAAAAUCUUUGGUCCCAACGAAGACGAACCGCUGGAUGUGACCGGGUCGAAGCGAGCGUUCGAGAGCCUGACGAAGGAAAUUAAUGCAUCGGCAGGCGCCAAUAGAGCAAAGUAUACCGUGGAGGAGGUGGCAUCAGGAUUUUUGCGUGUCGCCAACGAAGCUAUGUGUCGCCCUAUUCGAAACCUUACGCAGAACAAGGGUUAUGACAUCAGCACGCAUGUUCUUGCGUGUUUUGGAGGUGCUGGACCGCAGCACGCUUGCUCGAUUGCAAAGGCACUGGGCAUGUCGAAGGUCUACAUUCACCGUUACAGCGGUAUCCUCUCAGCAUAUGGCUUGAGUGUUGCAGAUAGCGUCGUGGACAAGCAGUUACCCUCGUCGGCAAAGUAUAGCGCUGACACGAAAUCUAUUUUGAUCAGCAGUCUAACAAAGAUUGCCAACGAGGCUAUCAGCGAGCUUGUUGCUGAUGGAUUCCGGCCCGAAGAUGUGCAAAUGCAGUACUUCCUCAACAUGCGAUACGACGGUACCGACAACGCUGUCAUGACGCGUGGUCCAGUGGGUGCUAAAGGGGAAGCUCCUGCGGUAACUGCGAACGCUCUUGCUGAAUUCGAGUUCGAUAGCAAUUUCGUGAAGAUGUACCAGCGCGAGUUUGGUUUCGUGCUGCAAAAUCGUGCCAUUCUUGUUGACGACAUUCGCGUACGCGCGACGGUGUCGCCUGAGUUGAUGGAACCUGCGGUAGGAGCUGCUGCUAACGCAGUGGAUGCUGUCGAGCGCUGCUCGCUUCUGUCGACAACGCCAUUUUACUUUGAAAGCAAGAAGACGUGGGAGCAGAUUCCCGUCUAUCUGCAUGAAGAGCUCCUCAAGAACCGUGGCGCCAGGUACAGUGGACCGGCGAUCAUCAUGCAAGGCACAGCCACAGUGGUUGUCGAGCCGGAAUGGGAGGUAGAAGUUACGCCAAGUGGUGAUCUCUUCUUAGUUAGCGAUACCGAGGCUGCAGGGUCGAAGAAGGACAGCCCCGCGUUGUGCUCCGAAGAUGUCCCGCUGGACCCUAUUCAGCUCUCGGUAUCCUCGCAUCGUUUCAUGGGUAUUGCUGAGCAAAUGGGCCGUACGCUGGCGCGUACGUCAGUCUCGGUAAACAUCAAAGAGCGCCUGGAUUUUUCUUGCGCCUUGUUUGGUCCCGACGGUGGACUUGUGGCGAAUGCACCGCAUCUCCCUGUUCAUCUCGGUGCUAUGCAGCAAGCCGUGCGAUACCAACUCGAGUACUGGGGUGACGAUCUUCAUGACGGAGACGUGCUGGUCUCGAACCACCCGCAGCUCGCAGGAGGUUCGCACCUACCAGACAUAACAGUCAUUACGCCUGUUUUCAGCCACACGAGCGGCAGAAUCGAGUUCUUUGUGGCCAGUCGCGGACAUCACGCGGACAUCGGUGGCAUUUCGCCUGGGUCGAUGCCGCCGUUGUCGAAAACGCUGUCUGAAGAAGGUGCAGCGAUUGUAGCUUUCAAGCUGGUAGAAGGCAAGGUCGGUGAGUUUCGUGAGAAGGAGAUCACGGAUAUACUUUUGCAAAAGGGACGUGUAGAUGAUCAAGGCCGACCUUGCAUUGGCACGCGCAACCUGCGCGACAAUUUGUCCGACUUGCGCGCGCAAGUGGCAGCCAACCAACGCGGUGUGAUGCUGAUGCAGGAGCUCUGUGCCGAGUACUCGCUACCAGUUGUUACCGCCUACAUGAACUAUAUCCAGCAAGCUGCAGAGAUCGCGGUACGGAACAUGCUGCACGAGUUUUCGCUGCAGAAGAAGCUGCCUGAAGUUGGCGUGGUGUAUGCGGAAGACUUCAUGGACGAUGGCACGAAGAUUGCGCUGACGAUCUCGAUCGAUCGCCGCUCGAACUCGGCUGUGUUCGAUUUCAGUGGCACCGGACCAGAAGUUUAUGGCAACGUGAACACGCCUCCAGCAGUAACUUACUCUGCUAUCAUCUACUGCCUGCGCUGCUUGCUACCUGGCGAAGAUCUGCCGCUGAACCAAGGCUGCUUGGCGCCAAUCGAAGUGCGCUUCCCGAGCGAAAGCAGCAUUCUGAACCCAAGCAACAGCGCUGCUGUCGUGGGGGGCAACGUGCUUACUAGCCAGCGUAUCACCGAUGUGAUCCUCAAGGCGUUCGGUGCGUGCGCAGCUUCCCAGGGCUGCAUGAACAACCUCACGUUUGGCAGCGCCACAUUGGGUGGCUACUACGAGACGAUUGCUGGUGGUGCUGGUGCCGGCCCAUCUUGGAAUGGCCGCAGCGGGAUCCACACGCACAUGACCAACACGCGUAUCACGGAUCCUGAGAUCCUGGAGAAGCGAUAUCCCGUGCUUCUUCGUGCGUUCCAUCUUCGUGAGGGGUCAGGAGGUGCUGGCAAGUUUCGCGGCGGCAACGGUGUGGUGCGCCAGCUAGAGUUCCUCGAGCCCAUGACUGUGAGCAUCCUUUCAGAGCGACGUGCUUUCCAGCCCUACGGUCUUGAAGGUGGGGCACCUGGCGCCCGCGGUCUGAACUUGCUUUCACGUCACGGUGGUCGCACCGUCAACUUGGGCGGCAAGAACACGGUGGACGUGCUGCCAGGUGAGGUCUUGACGCUGUACACGCCCGGCGGUGGAGGCUUUGGAGCUGCUGGUUGA